AUGACAGCUCCGUAUGACCCAAUCCACGCGAGCUUCGAUAAUGUGGCUCGAGACUUCAAGGCCAGCCUCGGCGACAAAGAGCUAGUCGAUGAAAUCCUCAAGGUCAAGACUGUUGACGACGUGUGCGAUUUUACCGACAAAUUUCAGAAAGAGCAGGGGAGAACAGGCCGUCUCCGGAACCUCAAUAAAAUUCAGCCGUACCUAGAGACACUGCGGACCUAUGCCGGUGUGAUCGAGGUCCUUGUCCAGACAAAACAGGAUGUGCUGUGUCUCAUCUGGGGCCCAAUCAAGUUCCUCCUGCAGUGGGCAGACAGUGUGAAGAAGUCAUUCGAUGCCAUCGUCGACACUCUCGCAGAUAUCAAUUUGCUCUUCCCAGAGUUCAAAGUCGCCGGAAAGCUUUUCGAAAGCAAUGAACUGAUCAAGGAUGUCCUGGUUCUUUUCUUCCGAGACGUAUUGGUUGUCUAUCUUAUAGCACUAAAAUUCUUCCGAAAGAAACAACCGGAAGUCAAGAGGAUAACAAUUAUCGGUCAGCCUGGAAGAUCGUUUUCGAUGCCUUGUGGAUAA